AUGGAUCUGCUUGAUGAUGAGGUCGCAACGCGAUGCUUGGCUGAGGUUCGAUCCAAUCAGUGGGAUGUGAUCUUGGUGACGCCUCCCUGCAGUACUUUUUCCAGGGUUCGUUUCGUACAGCCGGGCCCAAAACCUUUGCGUUCCCGUCUCUACCCCUUAGGUUUUCCUUGGCUCUCCAACAAAUUGCAAAUGCAAGCCGACCAAGGGAACCAGUUUGUACAUUUCUCUUUCAGGAUCUGUGAGGCUGCUCUGGAGGUCCGCGCUGAUUUCCUGCUGGAACAUCCAGAGGACUUGGGACGGACAAAGGGCGGACAUGUGCCGGCGUCAAUCUGGCAGUUGCCCGAGGCACAGCGAUUGAUGAGCCACGAACGAGUUUUUACCUUUGCAAUUUACCAAUGUCGGUUUCAUGCUACAUCACCGAAACCCACGCGCUUUUUGACUUCCAUUACCGCCUGUCGGCAGAUGCCUUUCGUGGGGCCACCACGAUUCAACUCUGAGGAGCGUUACUUGGGGCCUCUUCCGAGAUUUUGUGGGCAUAAGGACCAUGAUUCCCUGCUGGGCAAGCUUUCGGCUGGGGGCUGGAAGGCCACGCCUGCUGCUGCUUAUCCUGCUGCUCUGUGUGCACAGAUUUCCGAGUGGGCCUUCUCCGUCUUCGAUGGGGGGAGGCCAGCUGCAAUCCCCCAGGUUGACACAUCGGGGGCUGGAAUCAUCUUUCGUUUUGAUCCUGUGUUGCUCUCUUCACAGCAAUUGGGGGGUGAAGGGGCAGAGGGUCUGGCAGCAAAUAUGUUGUCGGCUGGUCAGGCCUAUGAAUCUCAGCUCCUGAGAUUGUCUGAGUUGCUGCCGGAUGAAGACAGGGUUAGAGAAUCCUCGGUGGUGAUUAAGGGUCAGAGAUCUUUCACAACUGGGGCCUACUGUCAUCAUGGCAAGGCUGGAUUGAGGCGCAAUAUGGCUUCUUUUCCUUUGAGCUCGGAGCUCUUGGCUAAACUGAUCACUACGAACUUUACUGGCAGGCCUUUCACUUCGAUGGCGUUCUUUCGAGACAUUGGUCAACCCCUUCACAAAGACACGACGAACGGGAGUUACGACAACCUUCUCCUGGCAUGUUCCUCCUUCAUGGAUGGAGGGACGCGACUGGUGCUUGCGGCCUAUUCGAUUUCCCAGGAUGGUCUCCUGGCCGAUGGGGAUCGGAAGAAGCUGGUAGAUAUGGGAUUUGAGGUCCCGGGACUUCGAAAGAGGGGCCCGGAGUGCUUGACGGAGGACGCAGUGGUCGAGACCCUGGGCAAAGGUGGUGCUUUAAGCAAAACCACCGGAGAGGAGACCCUGGGCAAAGGUGGUGCAUUAAGCAAAACCACCGUGGAGGAUAUCCCCUACAGUGAGCUGCAGUCUGGUUGCGAGGGGCCUCCGAUGGUUGGUGAGUUUGCUGGAUUGAAGGAUGAGUUUGUGGAUGGGUUUGGCAGGUCCCGGGUGCGGAGGUUUGUGGUGGAUUCUUUUCCAGACCUAGCUAGGGCUACCUUCAAGCUGGCCACGGGAAAGUGGACCGGCCCCCUCUUCGAUCCGAAGGGAUUGGAGUCGCUGCGAGAGGAUUGGUUCCAAAUGCUGCCGGAUCCUGUUCGCGCGCGGGAGAUGAUUCCGAACCAACCGUUCUACCUUAGGGCCAUUGCACAAACUCUUCAGAUUCUGGAGGAUCCUGAUUUUCGGAUUCUUGAGGAGGGCAAGUAUUGUUUCUGCAAUGGAGUAGAGGUGGGGCAUUUGGAGCCUAUCGGACCUACGCCGCAGGUUUAUCGACGAAGAAUGAAAGACCAGAAAUAUGACGAGUCAGAGUGGGAGCCCGAGAUGAGGAACUACAGAGACGGUCCGGGAGUCGAAAAGGCUCUUCAGGCCGCCUUCGAGAAGGAGGAGUUGGCCGGGCGCAUGUUCCCGCUUUCCAUGUCGGAGGCGAGGCGGCGCUACCCUGGGGAUGCGUUGAGGGUGGCGGCUCAGGCGGUUAUUCCAAAACCCGACAACGAUUUCCGUGUGGUUCAUGAUGGGACCCAUGGGGUCCAAGUCAACAACGAUGUGAUCAUGAGGGACCGCCUGGAAUCUCCCGGUGCUCGAGAGGUCGCUUCUUUGCAAAGGCUUGGUGCCACGUCAGAGGAGAGGGUGUUCUUCGGCAUCGUCGGGGACGUUUCGAAGGCCCACCGAAGGUUCCUCCACCACCCAGAGCAUUGGGGGGUACUGGGGUGCAAGACAAGGGCCGAUUCCUCGGUGGUCUGGUUAAACCGGACCGGAACCUUUGGCGUGGCCUCUGCAGCCUAUUGGUUCUCUCGGCUGAUUGGUCUCGUAGGGAGGCUGGCCUUCCGCGUUCUGCUGGAUACCUUCAUCUUUAUGCUCAUUUAUGCCGACGACCUCCACGUUGUCAGUGGAGGACGGGAGCGCUGGAUAAACAUCUGGAUGAUGCUGGCUCUGCUAAGCAUGCAAGGCACUCCUUUCUCUGAUCAUAAGUGGAGAGGCGGCCUGCACGUGGAUUGGGUGGGAUACUGGAUCGACUACACCAGGUUCCACAUCGGGAUUUCGGAGAAGCGAUGUCGAUGGAUCAGUGAUUGCAUUGAUGGAUUGGAAAAGGCCAACUGGCUUGUGGAUGUCCGCCGAUACCACGAGCUGCAUGGUAGACUGGGCUUUAUGUCAAAGAUAUUGAUCUGGAUCCGACCUUUCUUGGCUCCUGGCUACGCAUGGCUUGCUGUGGUGCCAAAAGGGGCUGUGCUAUCGUUGCCCAACCUGGUGAGGUGCACCCUGAAGUUCAUUUCGAGUCGCUUGAAGGCUGGUUGUCGCACCUAUCCGGCCGGGGUCGGUGAAAAGGACCUAGGCGAGCUUUUCAGGACGGACGCGGCUUGUAAUGAGAACUCGGUUGUGCUUGGUGGAUGGUUCUUGCACUUGGGUGGCGAGCCCAGCGCGGCUCCUUGGUUUCAGAUCAUUCUCGGAAGGGAGGACGUUCCCUGGUUGUUCAACGAGGAGGGGAGCGCCUGGGCGAGCACUUCGGCGGAGCUGUUGGCUUCACUGGUGGCCCUACACCUCCUGGGAAGAGACUUUGGGGAGCUGCUUGGGGGUCCUGGGGUCCUGAGGUCUUGUUUCUCAGGAGGCACGGACAACAAGGCCACGGAGGCUUUGUCAAUCAAACUCUUAACUACCAAGGUCCCCCUGAUGUUCAUUCUCAUGCAGUACGUUGAUCGCUGUGAUCACCUUGGCAUCCGUUGUCAUCUUAGCUGGCGUCCUCGGGAUGCGAAUGUGGAGGCUGAUCAGAUAACCAAACAUUGCUUCGAUGCUUUCAGUGCUGGACGGCGCCUGUCAGUAAGUUGGUCUGAAGUGGAUCUUUCAGUGCUGAUGCCUCUGCUUGAGUUCUGCAAUUUUAGGGCGGACUUGAACGCCAUCAAGCUUGAUUCGCAAAUGGGCCCCAUGUCAGGAAGCGUUCGAUUUGAGAAAUCAGUGUGGGGGUGA